AUGGCGUCUAUGAAAGAAGUGUUCGCCGGAUACAACGCCCGAAAAGCCGACCUCGAAGCAAGCAAUAAUCCCUUUGCUAGGGGAGUUGCCUGGAUAGAAGGAGAGCUUGUACCGCUACACGAAGCUCGCAUCCCCCUGCUGGAUCAAGGCUUCCUGCACAGCGACCUGACCUACGAUGUCCCUGGCGUUUGGAAUGGACGCUUCUUCCGGUUGGACGAUCACAUCGCCCGAAUCGAUUCCAGCUGCACAAAGCUGCGACUCAAAUUACCGCUCCCACGGGAAGAGAUAAAGAAGAUCCUAGUCGACAUGGUGUCCAAAAGCGGAAUUCGCGAUGCCUAUGUCGAGCUGAUUGUGACCCGAGGUCUACGGCAUCUGCGCAGCGUUAGUAGCAAUGACGAGCUGGUCAAUAGUCUCUACAUGUUUGUCCAGCCCUACGUCUGGGUCAUGGAGCCUGAGAUGCAGCUUGGGGGAGGAGGCAAGGCCAUCGUAGCGCGUACCGUACGGCGCGUUCCACCUGGGUCCAUGGAUCCGACAAUCAAGAAUCUACAAUGGGGGGAUCUGACACGAGGACUGUUCGAAGCAGCUGACCGCGGUGCGACAUACCCUUUCCUCACCGAUGGAGACGCAAAUCUCACGGAGGGUUCCGGAUACAACAUUGUCCUGGUCAAGAAUGGCGUUAUCUACACGCCAGACCGGGGUGUCCUGGAGGGUGUGACCCGCAAGACUGUCAUGGAGGUGGCGCGGGCCAAUGGAAUCGAGGUUCGCAUGGAGGUUGUGCCGGUUGAACUGGGAUACCAAUCUGAUGAAAUUUUCAUGUGCACGACGGCCGGGGGGAUCAUGCCCAUUACCUCGUUGGAUGGUCAGCCGGUCAAGGAUGGGGAGAUUGGUCCCAUAACCAAGAAGAUCUGGGAUGGAUACUGGGCCAUGCAUUCUGAUCCGGCCUACAGCUUUGAGGUUCAAUACUAG